CUACCUCAGCUGACCAAACAGAUGCUAAUUUUUGGAUUGAGACAUUAAAGGAAGGUCUCAAAUUGAAAUCCUGCCAGAUGAGAGAGAAUUUCAACAUGCUGCUAAAAUGAACAAUUUGGAUACCAUGGAAAAGCUGUUUAAAAAGGAUGUUAACAUAAAUGCUGUAGAUACUCUGAAGCGUACAGCGUUCCAUUUUGCUGUUGCGGCAGGCCAUGUGUCCGUGGUGGACUUUCUUCUUCAUCACAAAGCUAGACUUGAUAUGGCAGAUCAGUACGGCCUGACAGUGAUUCAUCUUGCAGCCUGGACUGGAAAUCUGGAUAUAAUGCGAAAAUUAGUUAAAGCAGGUGCUGAUCAAAAGGCUAAGAAUGAGGAAGGAAUGAACGUACUGCAUUUUGCAGCUCAGAGCAACAACAUUAAAAUAGUUGAUUAUUUCCUCCAAGAUCUUCACCUGAAUGACUUGAACAAACCUGAUGGGAAAGGUAAAAAGCCAUUUCUUCUGGCCUCUGAAAAAGGCCAUGUUGACAUGAUAAAAAAAUUGAUUGCUCUGAAGCUAUUUACAUCUGAAAAAGAUGAGGAGGGAAACACAGCAUUGCAUUUAGCAGCCAAAAAUGGUCACAGUGAAGUUGUAGAAAUUCUGCUUGAACAAUGGGAGGAAAUAAAUGUCCUCAAUCAGAAUGGAGAAACUCCAUUUUACUUGGCUGUUGAGGGAGGUCAUGAAAAAUGUGCUGAACUCUUACUGGAGGCCGGGAGUGACAUCAAUGUUUCAACUCAGAACAAUAGCAGUGCUUUGCAGGUUGCAAUUCAGAAUGGACAUCUAUCCUUGGUUACUUUUCUUAUUGAUAAGAACAUUGACCUGGUUCCUAAACCUGAGCAGAAGAAUUCCCCUCUCCAUUUAGCAGUCCUCAGUAAUAAUCUACUGGUAGUAAAAAGCCUUUUGGAUGCCAAUUACGACAUAAACUCCUUAAAUCACAGGCAGGAGACCCCUCUACAUCUGGCAGCUGAUCUUGGCAAUGUGGAGUUGGUGGAAGUGCUGCUGAAGUCAGGCUGCAAUCUCAAGACCAUGGAUAAGCAUGGGAAAACUGCACUAGCCACAGCAUCAAGGAGCCAUCAUGCCCUCAUUGUUGAUAUGAUCAUUAAAGCAGAAAGGUAUUUUGCCAUGAAACAGACACAUCUAGCUCAUAGUGGUAAUGGGUCAGACGUCAGCGUGACCUUCAAACAAGAUCACAGCACACAGACCAAGCAAAUCCGCUCCUCCCUUUGGAAUCUAGCAUACAACCAGUUAAAGCCCCAUGAAUGGAAAAAACUGGCUGUGUUCUGGAAGUUCACAGAUGAACAAAUUAAAGCUAUUGAAGAACAGUGGACAGGGAAAAAAAGUUACAAGGAACAUGGGAACAGAGUGUUGCUCAUCUGGUUACACGGUACAUUACUGGCUCAGCAGAAUCCUGUUAAACAUUUGUAUGAAGAUCUGGUGGAAGCAGGACUUCAGCCUUUAGCUGAGAAGAUCAGAGCUUCAAUUAGCAUUGGCAUGGACUCCAGAAAAUGUCUCAUUUCAUGAGUUCAUCAACAAAACAUGGCAUAUAUGAUGGAAUUACAUGCCAGAAGGAAAGUGGCUUUCAAAUAUCUUUUGGGAAACAAAAAACAUACUUUGAAGUUGCACAACUUUUUCCACCCUAGAAGAACUUGCACUCCUGAAGUUGUUACUUUUUUCUCAAAUGCUUGCUAAAUAGAAAUGUAAAACAUUUAAGAAUGAAUGGCUGAGUGGUAGCUUAUAACUGCUAAGCAAGAUUCACUACUUACAAUUUCUACAUCUGACCUAACACUGAUAAAGUAAUUCUGUAUUGGAAAUGCAAAUUAAGCUACUUUGUGUUUGAUGUGAAAUGUAAAUAAGAUGUUUUCUACAUGAAAAAAAUUAAAUAUAGUAAGUGAAAGUUAUAUGUAUAAAUCAAUUAACACCUGGCAAACAACUUGGCAUCUGGCCUCAUUUGGGAUUCAGGUUUUUAUAAUUCUUGCUAGGAUAUGAAAAAUCUUUCUACUGCGGCAUUUGAUUUAUGUAGUGAAGAAACACAAAAAUGUCAUGUCUAAACACCACAUGUGGCUGCAGAAUUUUCUAUCAUGGCAUAACACUG